AUGGUUCAAUCCAGUAAUAAGAGGCGAAGGACAGACAUGGAACAAGCACCCACUUCACCACCAUACGGUGCUCCAUAUGAAUCACAUAUGGCCCAAGUAGUGGAAAACGGUGCUGAUCAGUCGGGAACAAAUUAUAGAGAAAGCACUGCGACUGCGGAAAGAGAUAGUCAAAUGCAAUUUGUAAGCAAUGCUCAGCAACCUUUUGAUCGCAAUAUGUAUAUCAUCUCAACGGAUAAUAAUUAUUUUGGUAACGAUAAUAUAAGUCAAGUAAUGAAUACAGGUCCAAAUGGUUCACAUCCACAAAAUAGCUACGCCGUAAACCCAAAUGCCAGUACCCCUCCUUCUCAACAACUACAAAACAAUUAUGGUCCGAUAAUGAAUUAUACAACUCUUACCCAACCAUCGAUUAACAAUCGUUAUUUGUUACAAUCAGUUCACACCGAUGAAAUGGACUUGAACUCCCGACAAAGAGAUUCAAUGGUGAAUUAUACUCCCGUCGUCAACUCACAGAUUGGCGAUCGAUAUAUGUUUCCCGCGCAUUCGGACGAUUCGACCUUGAGUAAUCAACAGAGAGGUAACAUUUUGGGCAAACUGACUUCAACUCGUCAGCGGACGUUGCUUCCUAGUACAUCAUCCAUAUCAUCGACUAAUUCUGGAAUAACACAAUCGUCACAAGGUAUUGGGCAGUCGACACAAAAUUACGGGCUGAGUAGUUCAUCGAGUCAGGUGGUGUCGACGGCACAGCCUUACAUGAGAGGUUCAUCAUAUCAACGGUCCCAGUUAUCGAGUCAGUCAAAUAUUGGACUACCUCCAAUAGUAGGUAGCAACGUUGUUCACCAAACAAUAUAUCAGCCAAAUAGUCAUCACGCAUCAAUACAACAACCUCCGAACGGAGCUCAUGUAGUUGGUACCGAGUUACCGUACGGUCCUUUAAAUACAAUCCUGGAAGAUUUUCAGUAUCGUAACAGGUACGCUGAGACAUGCAAUAUGCUGAUCAGUCAAUUUCGUGAUAGUAGAACAUUUUCCAAGGAAAACGAAGGACACCUAAUGAGAUGCCUCGAGUUUGUGAGGAAAACUGUAUUGUUGACAGAUCCCACCAGUGCUUUAAGCGUUUCUACGAAUUUAAAGCAUUUUUAUGCGCAAAUUCCAUCUACAUCGUAUAGAAAGAAAGUCAAGAAAUGGCUUAAUGAUCUGGAAAAGAUCCAACAUCAAAAUUCACAAGUUGGCUUUCAUGGUACGAUUCGAACUGGAAUAUCGAAUUCAUCAAUAUCAGACAAUAUGACGGCUGGGGUGACGCCACGUGUCGGUGAUACCGUAGUUCGUACUAUGAAUAAUUCACAGCAACCAGUGAAUGUGAAUAUUAGACCGCAAAACUUUGUUGUUUCUCAGGCAUCAGUACCCGUGGCCUAUUCGAAUCCUCGCCAGAGGAUGAGUGCCUAUGUCGCUCCACAUUUUGAUCCGAAUUAUACCCAUAGAGUUAUUAAUAAUGCUUGGGGUCCGGUGAUGCUUCCUUAUGAUACUCAUGGUACGCGUACAAGCGCAGUUUACCCUGUCACGAAUACUUUUUACGUCUCUCCGGAACAACAUUCACGGAUUUUGAGGUCAUGCAUGUCAAAGCCUCAGCCAGAUACAUCAGAGGAUCAAUUACCAAUCACAUACCGUCUGAUUUGCCGAAAAUCAAAUUGUAUGAACCACGAGAACAUGUGCGAUUGGCCUGAUGAAAGUAUACAUGUAUUUGAAAUAGUCAUAAAUUCUACGCCGGUGAAAUUGCAUCGCAAAAGAUCCUACUAUGAUCGAGAUAAUUACGAACAUUAUGAGGGAAAUGACAGUUCUGUCGAAGUGUCGAACUUGAUCGUUGCCGGUAUAAACAAAGUUGGAAUCAAGCAGUGUUCCUGUGAUAGUUGCUACAAGAAGCUGACUGAUCACGUACUUUCUAUCGAAGUGCAACUUCGAGAAACGCGUGAUGUGAUCUUAUAUUGGGCUAGAUCUCAGCUAAUAUCAGAAGCCGUCGGAAAAGCGCUUGUUCGACAAUUGACCAAUGUUCACACGUCUUCAGGUGAUGACGAACUAAUCGUGACAAGCAAUCUGACCGUAGACUUGAGGUGUCCAUAUACUUUUACACGAAUCAAAGAACCCGCCCGCGGUCUGAACUGUCGUCACUUAUCAUGCUUCGAACUUUGUAACUUUGUUGACGCCGUGUUUAAAAGACUUGAGAUGGACAACAAGAGGAAGGAACUAUGGAAAUGUCCAAUCUGCGACAAAAAAAUUACUAGCGAAACUUUACGGAUUGACUUGCACUUCUUAAAAUUAUCAGAAAAAUUUGACUCAAACGUUACCGUUAUAUCGCUGACGUCAAACGGGGAGUGGGUAAUGCUUGAAAAUAAUCAGGACGAGGAUAGCGAGAAUGAGAAUGGUAACAAUGCGGAUAACAUAACGACUGCAACGGUACCACAUGACAAAGAAGUUAUUGUCAUCGAUGACGAUGACGAUCAGUCUACGGAAAUCAUGGUCAAGACCGAGGAUGCGGACAAUAUGGAUAAAGAGAAUGAAAUAUUAUCUGCUUCCAUGAUGCAGUCACCACCUUCUUCAGAGACCAUGAUGACUCCGGUUGAAAAAAAUGAUUCUACGCCCAAUGGAAAAAACAUUCACAACAUAUCCAAGGGAGAUUCCAUCGCUUCACCUAUACAAGAGGGUAGCCCCGAGUGGGUGGAUUUAGAUGAGGAGAUAGUAUGCGAUUAUAAUACAUUUAGCUAUUCAGCAUCAUGA